AUGAGUUUCACCAUACAAGACUACGAUUUAAAAUCUGCCUUCAAACUAGACAAAAAACUCCUACUACUCGCCGGGUUUUACCCACGAAGAACCACAAAAAAUCGCCUUUCAUACAUUUUCAGGGCCACCAUAAACGUAUUUUUUUCGGUCGCCCAACUCCUGUCAAUGACCAUCCAAAUGAUAAUCGACAGAAACAACGUUUCGAAGGUCUCCGACUCCCUUCAGUACUUCACCACACUUGUCACUUUCGUGUGGAAAGAAAUAUACUUCGUCAAAUACAAGAAAACUUUCCUGGAGAUUGAGGAUGUGUUAAGUGCGUCAAUUUUCUACGGAUAUUCGAGCCACCACUUCAAGUUACUCAAAGACAAAAUAGGCUCUGGACAUGCUGGUGGAACCACGUUUAGAGUUUUGACUGUAGCAGCUGUAGGAUUUUGGGGUCUGCCACCUUUUUUAGACCCCCAAAAGUACAAAACUUUACCCAUACCUGGCUGGUUUCCGUAUAACGCAACCGAGUAUUAUUAUCCUACUUUUGCUUUUCAAAUUCUGGCUGUUGCGAAUACUGCCUACACUAAUUCGACGCUUGACAUUUUGUCUUGGGUGUUGAUGAGUAUAGCGUCUGGUCAACUCGAGAUGUUGAAGGAGACUUUGAAAAGUAUGAACUAUGAAGAAGCUGAUUUGAAGACAGCGGAAGAGCAACUGUAAAAGUGUGUAAGACAUCAUUUGGAAAUUGUCAAUUUAGUGUCCAAAAUUGAAAAGGUGUUUUCCAAGGGGAUAUUUUUGCAGAUUUUCGCCAGUGUAAUUGUCAUUUGCUUCACUGGUUUCUUGAUGAUGCUAGUGCCUGUUGCCAGUAUGAAGUUUACUCAUACUUUCACUUAUUUGGCCUGUAUGAUGUGUCAAGUGGCAAUGUACUGUUGGUACGGCCACGACGUCAUGACAACAAGUAACACAAUUGGGGACUCUUUAUACAUGUCAAAUUGGUACGAAUCUGACGUGAAGUUCCGCAAAAGUGUCUUCAUUUUUUUGGAAAAAACUAAAAAACCUGUAACUUUGACUGCUGGUGGAUUUGUAACGUUGUCUUUGACUACGUUAACUACUAUUUUGAGAUCGUCGUAUUCGUAUUUCGCCGUUUUACGACACAUGUUUAACGAUGUCUGA